AUGUUUGUUGUUAACAAGGAGGACUCGCACGCCGAGAGGACCAAGUCGUCCCUGCGGAACAAGGUUAAGCUGUUUCUCUUCGUCAUUGUUAUUUCCAAAGUCUCAGUUCUGCUCGUGAAGUACCUCGGCCAGCCCUCCGGCAGCGGCAGCGGCUCCCCUUCUUCAGGCUCGUAA